AAAGUUAAGAGGAGAAAAGGUUUGGAUUUUAUGGAAAAAGAAAAGUUUUCAAGAAAAAUUCGGAUUCCCGAUGCAAAUUUGAAUUCCCCUGAUUCUCAAGUCUACGGCCAAAAUCCUCAAAUUCCUUUCGCGUUCCGAAUCCAUCAGCUAAUCUGCCAAACCACCCAUGGCCUUACCUACAGAACCAACACAUAAACGUCGCCACAGCAACCACUCUAAUAUACUCCACUCCGCCACCACCGCUCUACUCUCACUUAUCCCCGCUCGUAAAACGUCGCAGUCUUCAAGAAUCACUCUACCUCCUCCCAAGCUUUGCAUCCCUUUUCAAUUUCCCGACUUGUCUUAUUGCUCUCCCUUCGAUUCGACUCAGCCCGACUCGGUCCCUCCAAAAUCGGCUGCCGUUAAAGGGUUGUCCUCUGCUGAGUCCAACUCGGGCUUUCCGUCAACGGUCAGGAUUGCAGGCCUCAAUUCUAAUGGCAAGGGUGGCGGCCCCGCUUUCGUUGGUCAGGUUUUCAGUAUGUGCGAUCUUUCAGGGACUGGGCUCAUGGCUGUUUCUACUCAUUUUGAUAUUCCCUUCAUUUCCAAAAGAACACCUGAGUGGCUUAAGAAGAUAUUUUCAACGGUCACUAAAUGUGAGAGGAAUGGUCCUGUGUUCCGUUUUUUCAUGGAUUUAGGCGAUGCAGUUACAUACGUUAAACGGCUAAAUAUUCCAAGUGGUGUGGUGGGUGCUUGUCGACUUGAUUUGGCAUAUGAACAUUUCAAGGAAAAACCUCACCUAUUUCAAUUUGUUCCUAAUGAGAAACAGGUCAAGGCAGCAAACCAACUUCUCAAGACCAUUCCUCAGAGUGAUGGGAGGAGGAAGGUUGAUGGAGUGCCUGUUUUCAGUGCUCAAAAUUUAGAUAUUGCAAUAGCUACUGCAGAUGGGAUUAAAUGGUAUACUCCAUACUUCUUUGAUAAAAACAUGCUAGAUAACAUUCUUGAAGAAUCUGUUGAUCAGCAUUUCCAUUCUUUAAUUCAAACUCGGCACAUGCAACGCCGACGUGAUGUGAUUGAUGACAACUUGGCAGCAGAAGUGAUUGAAGAAAUGGGAGAUAGCAUGAUGGAGCCACCAGAGGUUCAGGAAAUGCUGGAUGAAAUGGGCCAUCCUGCAAUACCUCUGAGUGUCAUUUCAAAGGCUGCUGAAAUCCAGCUUCUUUAUGCUGUUGACAGGGUACUCUUGGGUAAUAGGUGGUUGAGAAAAGCAACUGGUAUUCAGCCAAAGUUUCCAUAUAUGGUUGAUUCUUUUGAGAAAAGAAGUGCAUCUUCUUUUCACAGAGCCUCCGAGUCAACCAGCUAUAUUGCCAACCGUAAAACCGAUGAUAUUUCUUCAAGAGGUAAAUUAGAAGACAAUUCUCAAAUCAAUCAUGAACAAAGAAGAUAUCUGCAGUUCCCGUUUGAAGAUUGGUUCAAGCAUCAAUGGUUGAAAGGACAGUUGAAACCUGAAAAAGAAUCAGAAUUAAGAUCACAGGGCCCACCAGAUGAAUACGCAAGGCAGAAAACAGAGGCCAGUCCUUUUCUUCCAAAGAUCACAAUGGUUGGUAUCUCAACCGGAGAAGCAGGACAAAUGAGUAAAGCUAGUUUGAAGAAGACAAUGGAGGAUCUAACAAAAGAGUUGGAGCAGACAGAUCAUGAAACUUCUCCUGGAAGUGGCAAUAACAGUAAUCGAUUAGAAAUUGAAGAUAGGGAUCCGUUAUUUGUUGCAAACGUGGGUGAUUACUAUUCUGGUAUGUCGAGGACAAGAUCACCUCGAUUUGUCCGUGGGGGAAACAAAUGAAGAGGCUUCUCAGGAAUGAUUUUACUUUAUUACAUUUAACAAAAGAAAGGAAAAUGUAAAGUUGGUAAUGCAAUGCUUAACAGGUCAUAUGUUCUCAGUUUUUGGCAGGUCAGUUAAUGUGAAUGCAUAUAUAUGCGAUUUUGCAGUAUACUCUCUAUGUUGUAAAAUCAAAAUGCAACUUAAUUUGAUAUAGAUGAUCUGUUGGGGAAGAUCGUGUGGCCCCUGUGGCUUUUAAUUUU